AUGGCCGCCGCUGCCCGCUCCCGGGUCGCCCACUUGCUGCAGCAACUCCAUCGCGCCGCAUGCCAGUGCCCAACGCAUUCUCAUACUUAUUCCCAAGCUCCUGGAAUUUCACCUGCUGGGAAAACAACAGAUUAUGCCUUUGAGAUGGCUGUUUCAAAUAUUAGAUAUGGAGCUGGAGUUACAAAGGAAGUGGGCAUGGACCUGCAAAACAUGGGUGCCAAAAAUGUUUGUUUGAUGACAGACAAGAACCUCUCCCAGCUUCCUCCUGUACAAACUGUCAUGGAUUCGCUGGUGAAGAAUGGCAUCAACUUUAAGGUUUACGACAAAGUGAGAGUGGAGCCAACUGACAGCAGCUUCAUGGAAGCUAUUGAGUUUGCCAAAAAGGGAGCAUUUGAUGCCUAUGUGGCUGUGGGUGGUGGUUCCACCAUGGACACCUGUAAAGCUGCUAAUCUCUAUGCAUCCAGCCCUCACUCGGAUUUCCUAGAUUAUGUCAAUGUCCCGAUUGGGAAGGGACUGCCUGUCAAGGUGCCUCUUAAGCCUCUGAUUGCAGUCCCAACUACCUCAGGAACUGGAAGUGAAACUACUGGAGUUGCCAUUUUUGACUAUGAACAUUUAAAAGUAAAAACUGGCAUUGCUUCCCGAGCCAUCAAACCCACGUUGGGACUGAUUGAUCCUUUGCAUACGCAGCACAUGCCUGACAGGGUGGUCGCCUAUAGUGGCUUCGAUGUGCUUUGCCAUGCCCUGGAAUCCUAUACAGCUCUUCCUUACCAUAUGCGAAGCCCCUGUCCUUCAAAUCCCAUCACUCGCCCAGCCUACCAAGGUAGCAACCCCAUCAGUGAUAUUUGGGCAGUCCAUGCCCUGAGGAUUGUUGCAAAAUAUCUGAAAAGGGCUGUCAGAAAUCCUGAUGAUCUUGAAGCAAGAUCGAAUAUGCACUUGGCUAGUGCUUUUGCUGGCAUUGGCUUUGGGAAUGCUGGUGUUCAUCUAUGCCAUGGAAUGUCUUAUCCAAUUUCAGGCUUAGUGAAGACAUAUAAAGCAAAGGAUUAUAAUGUGGAUCACCCACUUGUGCCUCAUGGCCUUUCUGUUGUGCUCACAUCUCCAGCUGUGUUCACUUUCACUGCCCAGAUGUCUCCUGAGCGACACCUGAAGACAGCAGAAAUAUUGGGAGCUGACAUCCGCACUGCCAAAAGCCCAGAUGCUGGGCCUAUUUUAGCAGACACACUCCGGACAUUCUUAUUCGAUCUGGAUGUGGAUGAUGGUUUGACUGCCAUUGGUUACUCCAAGACUGAUAUCCCUGCAUUGGUGAAGGGAACACUGCCCCAGGAAAGGGUCACCAAGCUUGCUCCACGCCCUCAGUCAGAAGAGGAUCUAUCUGCUCUGUUUGAAGCGUCAAUGAAACUGUAUUGAUUAACAUUUUUAAUGAAAUAAUUACUGGGGAUUGCCAAAAAUUAUUGACCAAAGUAACACUCACUAAAAAACAAAAGUUGACCUAGUCAAAGAUUUGU